AUGAAAUCCAUACUAUCAUUAGCCACCUCGCUGUGGGAGUCUCUCACCUUCUGGAAAGCCCUCGCAAUCGGGUUCGCAUUGCUCAACCUCAAAACCCUGCCUUUCGUGUGGCAUAUCCGCGUCUACCGCUACUUCUUCCAAAAUGGCUACCUCAUGACCCCCGCCGUCGAGCAAUCGCCAAAACCCAGCAGCGACCUCAUAAAACCAAAAAGCAUCUUCACCCGCGCGCCAAUCAUGGAGAUCGACAUGAACAUGCACAAGUCCAACUCGACAUACUUCUCCGACCUGGACGUCUCCCGAACAGCACUCAUGUGUUCACUAGUAAUGAAGGGCUCCGCAUUCCUCGAGAAGCGUCUGCAGAAGCAGGGCAAGCGCGGCCCACUCCACUUCGUUCUUGGCGGCGUCUAUACGAGCUUCAAGCGCGAGAUUCCGGCAUACAUGAAGUAUGAGGUCCAGUCGCAUAUUGCUUCCUAUGAUGAGAAGUGGAUCUAUAUUGUCACGUACUUCUUGCAGCCGCGCAAGGGAGAGAAGGCGUCGGCCGAGACGGACGAGGUUCGAAGGAAGAGGCUGCUUGCCGUUUCGAUUAGCAAGUAUGUGCUCAAGAAGGGGAGGUAUACUGUUCCUCCUAAUGAUGCGUUUGAGGCGGCUGGGUAUAGGCCUUUGAGUGCGCCUGCGGCGAAUGGUACUGCUAAUGGCACUGGGAGUGAGAUUGGAUCGCUCACUCAGCGGAAGGAGAUCAAGUCUGGUCGUACUUGGGAUGACAACAGUGAGUGGGAGCAAUUGCACAAGGAGAUUCGCAAAGGCAAGGAAAUGGUCCAACCAUUCGUCGACCAGGAGGAGAAGCUGUUGUAUGAUUACAUGGAGAAGAUGAAACUCCCUGCGUUUGCAUAG